GAAAUCGAAAGUAUAUGAAUACAAAAUGACGGCCACGUUGGAAAAAUCGCAUGUCACAGGUUCAGAUAUUGUUUACGAUUGUUCAAUCUGCGAAGAUGAUGGCAUACAUAAAGAAGGCAUGUUCUUUUGUCAGAAAUGUUCAAAAUAUUUUUGCGCCGGCUGUGAAUUAACACACAGAAAGUUUUUCAAGGAUCAUUCAGUAACUGCAAACGGGGAAAGUGGCAAACGACCUGUUCUUAAAACAGUGGAUGGUGCACUAAUGUUCUGUGAAGAACACACAACUGAGAAACUGACAAUGGUCCGUGAAGAUGAUGAAAAGCUGCUCUGUCAAGUCUGUCAUCUCCGUAAUCAUAAGCAAUGCAGUCGGGUGGUUCUAUUGACUGACAAGGUAAAAUCUACCAUACAACCCAUGGACGUAGCUCAAAUGAAAACUUGCAUUGAAUCAUUAAUGGAACUUCUACAGGAUGUAAUUAAAAUAGGUGAACAAAAUACAACGUCUCUCCAAACGUCAUACGAAAAAGUGUUGGAAAAAAUAGUUGAUGUUGGACGACGAUUCAACGAUAAUCUAGACCGACUGCAACACAAUACAGAAAGAAAAUUGAAAGAGUUGCAUUCUACAUCAAAGAAUACAUUGGAAAAUAGUAGAAAACAGUGCGACGCAUUUAUCGCCAGUCGCGAAGAUGUGCCACAUGUCGUUGACUCUAACAAGGUUAUUAGCAUUAAGGCCCAGUCACAAUAUAAAGUACGAACGCCUAUUGAUAAAAGAGCCUGUAAUAUUACGGGUAUAUGUGAGUCGUCGAAUGGGGAAUUCGUCAUGGCUGACUUUAGUAAUGGGUGUGUGAAACUCCUUGAUCAGGGGUACAAUUUGAAAGACCAAAUAAAAAUAUCUACCUCGCCUGGGUCCAUGUGUAAAAUAUCGUCAAACGAAAUGGCGGUCAUAGCAAGUGACAGUCAUUCCGUUGAUGUGAUUUAUUUCAUACGAGUCGACAACGUUAGGAUUGUUAAGUUAAAGAAACUAAAACUAAGCCAUGAAUGCAACGGUAUUGCUUUUCACCACGGAAACCUGUUUGUAACGUCCAGUACUGCAGUGUAUCAAUACACCAUGGAUGGGCGACAGGUGAAGACAUUAUAUGAGAAUCAAUCAGCAGGAUACAAUGGAGUUGGAGUGAGUCCUGAUGGGAAGAGGAUCUAUGUGACGGACAUUAACACUGGCAAGCUUCUCACACUGACAAGUGAUGGAGCAGUCACAGCCUCGCUCCAGGAUCCUGCAUUUUGUAUUUCUAAUAUAACACCUAACUUGCACGUGGCUGCCACUGGGCAGGUGUUUGUCUUAGGUGAGAAAUCUAUACGCCAAGUUGACACGGACGGCAAGAAAAUUCUCAAUACCAUAAACCUUCGCAGGUCAACCCCUAAAUCUGUCUACUUCAAUGAAAGAACAAGCAAAUUGAUUGUUGGAUUUUCAAACGAUGAAUUCGUCAUUGAGUUCAAAACAAAUGCAUCCUGACUUUUUAACUUUCGUUUUUAUAACGUUAUAAAUUGUGCGAACCAUUUAACGUCAUUGUAUUAUGAGUGCCUAUAUCUUUAGUAGCAUUGCGACAUAUAGUCAUUAUUAAUAUUAAUUAUUUUGUUUUCAGUUUGACUAACUUGAAAUGUUUAUAUUCAUGAACUUAACAUGCUCUCAUCAUAGAAACACUAUAGGUAUUACAAUUGCGUUCUUUUUCACUCUUCGAUGUUUAGCUUGUUUUCCCAAGGUCAACCUAUUCUUUCUUGCUCGCCAUUACACCAAACACUAAGUCUACGCCCCUGUUCUCUCUUUGUUUCUUUGCUUCGUGUUCACAUUGUAUUUCUCAACAUCGCUACCAUUAUGUUUGUGCCUCUCUUCAUUAUAAUUCGUCCCAUUGAAAUCUUAAACUCUAACGUAAUUGUGAAUGAAACUUCUUUUUUUAUUAAUUUAUAUUAAUACGUUUUAAUGAUUUUUAAGAAAGCAAACAUUUCACAUGAAAGUAUUUUGCAUGAAAAAAAAGCACAAUUACUCAUUAAAACGUGUUUCCCGCAGAUCCAAUGUUGUCAGCUACAAUAAUUCCUGUCUAGCAUCUAGAAGUUUACAGAAAAAUGAAUGCAAAACAAACAUAUUUAACACAAUAACAAGAUAAAUUGACAACAAAGAUGAAUUUGAAGUUGAAUAUAUGUAGAAGUUGUAUAUAAUGUGAAAACCUUAAACUGAAAAUAUAUAUAUAUUUAAACAAGAAAUGAGACCUUGUCAAGAAACUAGAUCUGCUUAAACAAAUGUUAAGACUAUAAUACAUACACGUACAGUCAUCAGUUGCACAAAGAUAAUUUCCCUUAUGCAAAUACAAAUGAUAAGUAUUUUUUUAAAGGAAUUAUCAGUUCAUAAGAUAUAUGAAAGCGUAUGUAUAAAUCACA